CAGAUUCCUCCCAUUUAGUUCACGUGUCUUUUUUACCAUUUACGUAUACCAAAAGCCAUCCGGGGUUCGUUGAAAACGUGCUGUUAGAAAACCCGAGAUAUCGAAUUAGGUCGAUUUACAGAUAUAUGUCCAUCAAAUAUUAAACAUUAGUAGCUCAAAUUCAUUAAAAAGGCAAUGAAUCUAGUGUGCCAGCCAUAUCAAAUGACCAUCACUCAUUUCUUGCUCUUCAAUUAUUCCCUUUUUUUGAUAGUUUUUUAUUAUUGGAAUACGUAAUUUAUGACAGAAGCAACGUAGCAAAGAAAACUACAUCAAAAUCGGUUUCUUUUUGUUUGGGAAUUUCUGUCCAAAAGGUGAUGGAACACUUGCAGUCGGUGUCACUUGGCUUAUCUUGAAUAUUACUACCACUUGGAUCACCGGCCAUCCACUCAUCCAUGGCGGAUUUCACCACCCAUCUCCUCCGCUCCUCCGCCGUGCUCUUUCUUCUCUUUCCGGUGGUGGUGGUCUCUUCGAUCGGAAUCAACUACGGCCAGAUUGCCAACAAUCUUCCAUCACCGGAAAAGGUGGUUCCUUUAGUGAAAUCCAUUGGUGCCGAUAGAGUCAAGCUCUAUGAUGCUGAUCCUAAAGUCCUCAAGGCGUUUGCCGGCACCAACGUCGAGUUCAUCGUCGGUCUUGGUAAUGAGUACUUGUCGAAAAUGCAAGAUUUAGAUAGUGCUCAAUCAUGGGUCAAGUCCAACGUUCAAACUUACCUUCCGGCGACUAAAAUCACCUCCAUUGCCGUCGGGAAUGAAGUUUUGACAUUUAACGAUACUUCUCUUUCCGGCUGCUUACUUCCGGCGAUGCAGAACAUUCAUACAGCUCUUGUUAACCUCAAAUUGGAUCGUCAGGUUACCGUCACUACCGCACAUUCGCUCGCCGUACUUGAAACCUCUUAUCCGCCAUCGUCAGGAGCUUUCCGGCAAGACUUAAAAGGGUGUCUUUCUCCCAUUUUGGACUUCCUUUCGAAAUCGUGUUCUCCAUUCCUCAUCAAUGCUUAUCCUUUCUUUGCAUACAAGGCCAACCCAAAGCAAGUGUCGUUGGAUUUCGUCCUGUUUCAGCCCACCGAUGGAAUUGAUGAUUCCGGCAACAAUCUGCAUUACGACAACAUGUUGUUUGCUCAGAUUGAUGCUGUGUACGCAGCUCUGGGUUCUUUAGGCUACAAGACUCUGCCGGUUCAGAUAUCGGAAACGGGCUGGCCGUCCAAGGGAGACGAAGAUGAGGUCGGGGCAACGCCGGAAAAUGCUAAGAAGUACAACGGGAACCUAUUGAAGCUGGUGAGUCAGAAGAAAGGAACGCCGGCAAUGCCGAACUCCCAUUUGGAUAUCUUCGUUUUUGCUAUGUUCAAUGAGAACUUGAAACCGGGACCAACUUCAGAAAGGAAUUAUGGUUUGUUUAAGCCAGACGGAACUCCAGCUUACAAUCUCGGAUUCUCAGGGAUUUCCAGUUCCGGCAGCAACAACACCGGAACAAAUGCACCGUCAUAUAUUUUGCCGCCGGAGAACCCCUCCAGCGGGUAUAUGUCAAUCUCGUCAGCGGGAAGAGUUUCCUGGAGGAGCAUUAGAAUCAUAUCAUUAAUGGCGGUGGGUUCGAUCUCAUUGUUAUGAAAAGCCAUCACCCCCAGCUCAGUUUUUCAGUUUUAUUUUAAUGUUAUAUGAUACAAUCAGAGCAUUAAAGACAAAUAAAGUGGAAUAAAGAGAUAGGAAGGAAUCUUUAAAACCAUCUGUAAUGGAGGUAGAAAAAGUAGCAGAUAGAGAAGCUUUAUUGUUACAAUUCUUUCAUUGGAAUCA